AUGUGAUUCGCAUGUUCUUCUGGUUAAGGUUACGUGGCCAGCGGGCGCAUCGUCUCUCCAUACACCGCCAUUGCAUAGAACCAUUGCUCGACACGUUGGCUAAAGAAUAUAUAAUAUAUAUAAUUGUAACCGAGCAACCGAUUUUAAAUAGGAUUGUGUUGGGUACUCUUCGAUUGUGCUUUGUCUAAUAUUGUUCCUUUAGUUUGUUCCCAAUUGAUAGUUGCCAACAACACUUCACUCCAUUUCAUACUCAAGAGAAAGCAAUGGCAUCUUCGGUGAUUGAGGGUAAACACGAGCCCUCGGAUUUGAUCACAGAAAACGUGAAUCUGACGGUUGCAAAUCUCUCACUUUCCAGUGAGACAUUUUUGAGAGGCGCAAUUUCUCUCAAGGAUAAGGUGGUGGAGGAGACUUGGAAACGGAGAGAAGUGGUUGACCCAACGGUGUACACCGGUCUGUUGGGCACCGCCUUCACUUGCUUGCGGUCUUACCAGGUAACCGGUUGCCGGAAGGACUUGCUAUUAUGCAGUGAGAUCAUUGACACGUGUGCCACUGUUGCCCGUGCCUCCCUCAGGCACGUGACAUUUUUGUGCGGUAGAGGAGGCGUUUAUGCUCUUGGAGCUGUCGUUGCUAAUUAUAUGGGGGACCUUCGAAAGCGUCAUAUAUUUCUGGAUCUAUUCAUUGAGGUGGCAAAAGAAAGAGCUCUACCUGUAGGACCAGAAGAAGGUGGUUUUGGAAUGUCAUAUGAUCUUCUAUAUGGGCGUGCUGGAUUCUUAUGGGGUGCAUUAUUCGUAAACAAGUACUUGGGAGAAGAUGCAGUGCCUAAAGAAAUUCUGAUGCCUAUUAUUGAUGCUGUGUUGGCUGGGGGUAGAGCGGGAGCAUCUGAUAUUAAAGAAUGUCCAUUGAUGUAUAGAUGGCAUGGAACAAGGUACUUGGGUGCUGCAAAUGGCCUUGCUGGUAUCCUACAUGUGUUGCUCCAUUUUGAUCUUCCUAUUGAGGAUGCUGAAGAUGUUAAGGGAACUUUGAGAUACUUGAUGAGUAAACGCUUCCCUCACAGUGGAAACUACCCUUCUAGCGAAGGGAAUCCAAGGGAUAAGUUAGUGCAGUGGAGUCAUGGUGCAACUAGCAUGGCCAUCACAUUGUCCAAAGCUGCACAGGUUUUUCCAGGUGACAGGGAGCUACGAGAUGCGGCAAUAGAAGCAGGGGAAGUUGUGUGGAAGAGUGGAUUGGUGAAGAAGGUGGGACUUGCUGAUGGGGUAUCUGGUAACGCCUACGCCUUCCUCUCCCUCUAUCGACUAACCAAGGAGAGCAUAUACGAACAGCGAGCAAAAUGGUUCUCUUGCUUCUUAUAUGAUAAUGCAAUUUCUCUGCCUUCUUCCAAUGCCUAUUCUCUUUUCCAAGGACUUGCUGGAACUGCAUGCCUCUGGUUUGACCUUCUUGCACCUGACAACUCUCGUUUUCCAGGCUAUGAACUAUAGAUUAUUCCAAUUAAUAUGAAGGGUAAUUCUGUGAAGGAUUAUGUAUUAUUCACACACUCAACCAUAAUAUAAUCUUCAUCGCCAAGGAUUUAUAAUUUAUUCAAUUUUACUAUACUUAUAGUAUAUUGAGUUCUUUU